AUGCCUUCCCCUGACUCGUUGUCGGAUCCCGAGGAGUAUCAAAAGAUAUUCCACUGGGCUGAGACCCAAAAGGAUGGAACUAUCCCUUCGUUCAACACCAGGCGUAACGAUCCUUAUGAGUAUCAAUCCGGCUUUGGCAAUGCCUUCAUAUCUGAAGCAAUUCCUGGAACUAUUCCACACGGCCAAAACAGCCCUCGCAAUGUGAGGUUCGGUCUUUACGCCGAACAGAUGACAGCCACUGCUUUCGUCGCUCCACGACACUGUAACAAAAAGGCGUGGCUAUAUCGUGUCCGCCCUGCUGUCGCCCACCAGGGCUUUACAGAACUACCAGAUAACAAAGAUACCGAGGCAAACUUCCUUCCGUUGAACCCACGCAUUCAUGUAUCCCCUACCCAGCUAGCAUGGCACCCCUUUGAUAUCCCCGAAAGCGAAGAAGUCGACUUCGUUUCAGGAUUGAAGACUGUUGCCGGCUCGGGUGAUCCCACACUGCGCGAAGGCUUGGCUACACAUGUCUACGUCGCCAACACCGGCAUGAAGAAGAAAGCAUUUGUUAACUCCGAUGGUGAAUUUCUCAUUGUUCCACAGCAGGGAGCACUCGACAUUCAAACUGAAUUCGGUCCUAUCUUUGUGCAGCCAGGUGAGAUUGUUGUUAUCCAGCGUGGUAUCCGCUUCAGCGUCAAUCUUCCAGACGGUCCCUCGCGUGGAUACAUCCUCGAGGUCUGGGGUACGCAAUUCGAGCUCCCUGAGCUGGGACCACUUGGUGCUAAUGGCCUCGCGAACGGGAGAGACUUUUUGAGUCCUGUUGCUCGGUAUGAGGUAGCUCAAGAGCCGUGGGAAACUAUUUACAAGCUUGCGGGCAAGUUCUUCCGGAGUACUCAGAACCACAGCCCAUAUGAUGUCGUAGCUUGGCAUGGAAACUAUGUCCCCUAUAAAUAUGACUUGACCAAAUUCGUCAAUGUCGGCUCCAUCUCCGUGGACCACAUCGACCCGUCUAUUUUCUGUGUCCUCACGGCCAAAUCCCGCGAUCUCACCGCACCUUUGGCUGACUUCCUCACUUUUUCUCCUCGAUGGGAUGUUGCCUCACACACAUAUCGGCCUCCCUAUUACCACCGCAAUGCUGCAUCCGAACUAAUGGGUCUAAUCUACGGCGGUUAUGGUGGCCGCUCGGACGAAUUCAAGCCCGGGAGUGUGUCAUUCGAAUGCGGCAUGGUCCCCCAUGGUGUUGCCUAUGAAGAGUUCAAGGACGCCACCGAUAAUGCGCCACCAGCAAUGCAGAUAUCCAAGGCAUCGAUUGCAUUCAUGUUCGAGUCUUGUCGUCCCUUCACAAUUACUGAUUAUGCGUGGAACAGUGAUAAGAAGCAUGAGCAUGAGCCUAAGAUGUGGGAUAGUUUGGUGGACAAUUUCUCCAAGCACGCUAAGGAGGUUGAUGAAAUUUUGGCUAAGAAGGCGAAGAAUCACUCUUUUUCGUAA